CAAUUUUCUUGAAUGGAGUGGCGUCUAGCCGGUAAAACGUGGGUGUUUGUUAAAAAAAAAAAGGAAUUUCGGUGUAUGUUAAAUAAAUUGGUGUAAAAAUAUAAAGUAAGAAACCAUGCCUUACAUUUGCUUGCUACAAGAAGGCAAUGAAAGCCUGCCAAAACUUUUGGAGAAAGCGCAACAAAAUGGUUAUGCGGUUAUAGCGGCGCAUAUAAACACCGCCGAACUUCCAUACGAAUACCAGGAGGCGCCCAUGUGUGACAAACAGGCGGAGUUCACAUAUCCAGACUUAGUAUUCCCUUCCGAUCAUUGGAAUGGAAAAGUAAUAAAUGUACUCUCAGACACCAUAGACUGUGAUGCUGAAGACUUGGUUGUGCGCCGUAAUGCUGAAGAAGUGUUAAAACGUGAUAUUUCAUGGGCGGAACAUUUACAAUAUGGUGGUUAUACAAUGUUACGUUUAAAAUCCGAACGUAAUCUUAAUAUGGCACGCAUUGCAUCGAGCAAUGUGAAAGGACUGCUGCUCGUACAAGUACCUUUGUAUAAUUCAAAGGAGGCCCAAGCUACCUGGCGACGUGAUAUUGAUGAUGAUGAAUUGGAACGCAUUGGUGAACAAGAUACAUGGCAUUGGUGGAACAACUUUAGAUGGGCGGCCGAUUUUAAUCCUAAAAUUAAGGUUGUGCUCGAACUAAGCGAAAGUGACCGACCAUCCUUAGAGGUAGUGCGACGUUGGUUGGGAGAGCCAGUCGAAGCAAUUAUAGUGCCCUCAACCAUGUUCAUUUGUAAUCGGCAAAAUUAUCCCGUACUACCAAAAGCGUGGCAAGAGAUUUUGUCAUAUUUUAUGCGUGCACGCAUUAAUGUUAUUAUUUCUUCCGAUGUACAUGAUAACAGUCUGAAACUAUACGCGGAGUACAUGCUACGUUUCCAAGAAAUACACGCAGAUACACACGAAUUGCAAGCUUUCGAAGAUGUGCUGGAAGAACCACUACAACCUUUAUAUGACAAUUUGGACUGCUACACGUAUGAGGUAUUCGAAAAGGAUCCGGCUAAAUAUAAGCUUUACCAAGACGCUAUCGAACAGGCGCUACUUGACCGCGUUGCCGAUUCGGAAAAGAAACAUAAAUUGACAGUUAUUAUGGUGCUUGGAGCAGGUCGUGGUCCACUUGUGCGUUCAGCACUGAAUGCAGCAGAAAAUACCGGGCGUAAAGUGCGCGUCUACAUUAUAGAGAAAAAUCCCAAUGCAAUACGCACACUUACGGCCAUAGCGAAAAAAUUAUGGAGCCAUAAAGAUGUACAUAUCUUCUCCAAGGAUAUGCGUGAAUUCUCGCCACCCGAGCCAGCCGAUAUUCUAGUGUCCGAAUUGCUAGGCUCCUUUGGUGAUAAUGAACUAUCACCAGAAUGCUUAGAUUGUGCACAAAAGUUACUCAAAGCCGAUGGCAUAAGCAUUCCCUGUAAAUCUACCUCAUACAUAAACCCGAUAAUGUCUUCGAAAUUGCUAAAUGGUGUACGCCAAGUAUUGCGUCACGAGACGCACGGCCGUCAAAAGCAAGCCACCUACCAUACGCAUGCUGAAAGCGGUUUUGUUGUAUUACUUAAAAAUAUUUUCAAUAUCGGUUUGCCUCAAUCGUUAUUUGAAUUUGUGCACCCAAAUCCACAAAAACCCAUUGACAAUAGCCGCUUUAAAGCUUUACGCUUCGAAGUGACAAUAGAUUGUGUGCUCACGGGCAUUGCGGGCUACUUUGACACAACACUCUAUAAGGAUAUUCAGUUGAGCAUUAAUCCGCAAACCCAUACGCCUGGCAUGUUUUCGUGGUUUCCAAUGUACUUCCCCUUCGCGGAACCCAUGGAUGUGAAGAAAGGCCAAACGAUUGAAAUUCAUUUUUGGCGUUGUGUUACAAAACAGAAAAUCUGGUAUGAAUGGUGUUUGGCUUCACCAUUUCGCACCCACAUACACAAUCACGGCGGCCGUUCGUGCCCCAUCUACUGUACAUAGACACCUAAGGCGAUGGUUGUUACAUAAGUAAUCUAAGCAAAACAUACUAGCACCUAUAACUUGAAAAAUGUAUAAUUUAACAAAAAAUAUCUAAUUAUUAUAGUUCUCAAAUAGCAGCUAAAGUGCAUUGUAGCCUAAAAGGUAACACGUUAAGUUGCUGAAAAUUAACAGUUAGCCCUCGGCCAGUACAGUAAUAUUUUUGUUUUUUUACAGUUUUUGUUUUUAUAUUGCUUGUUUUAUUCUCUUAUUCGAAAACAGUUUUUUUUUUAGACUAAACAGAAAGUUGUAAAAAUACCAUUCACUUGUAUGCUAAUGAAAAUUUUUUUUUUGUUUGAUGAAAUAUUGUAUUUAUUAUUGUUUAAUAUAUUUUUUUGUUAAUAAGAAAACUAAAUUUUACUAAUUGAAAAUAUACCAUUCGACAAUGUAAGCAUAAAUACACAGCAAUUAUACGUUAAAAUAAAAAGUGCUAUGAGGAAAUUUAAA